AUGGACUGAAAAUGCUGCCUUGGGCCAUACUACUGUUGAAUAUAAUGCUAGCGGGUGGCAGCCUAGCACAAGAAUUGCCAGAUUAUGUGCUACCCCUUUCAGUGCCCUUACAAGAUAGUGAUUCGUUCGACUACAUUGUGGUGGGCGCGGGUGCCGCGGGGGCCCCGGCGGCAGCGCGGCUGGCGUUAUCCGGCGCAAGCGUUCUGCUGGUGGAGGCCGGCGGCGACCCCAAUCUGAAUACUAGGAUUCCCGGAAUGUACUCGACACUACUCGGCUCAGCUCUAGACUGGCAGUACCCAACCGUCACUAAUAACGUUUCAUGCCUCUCACAUUCGGACAAACAGUGCCGCUUUAGUCGAGGAAAGUGUCUUGGCGGAUCCACCAGUAUCAACUUCAUGAUGUAUGUUCGAGGUAACCACCGGGAUUACGAUGAGCUCGGUAUCGAGGGCUGGGCCUGGAAAGACCUUAAACCCUACUUCCUAAAGUAUGAGGGCUUGCAGGACUUGGAUAAGUUACCUUAUAAUUCUCUUUCCUACCACAACACCAGCGGCACUAUGAAAAUAGGAUUUUUCGCCGACUCUGAAAACAGUUGGCAUUCAAGGACCAUAAAAGGUUAUAGAUAUCUUAAUUUCCCUUUUAACUAUGACGUAAAUGCUAAAUCGCAAAUCGGAAUAUCACAAGUAAUUGGGUACGUAAACGAAGGCGAGCGAAUGAGCACGGCGCGAGGUUACCUGACACGCGACGACGUGAAAUCAGCCCUAAAGGUGACUAAGAACACGUACUGCACCGGCGUUAUCCUGGACAAACACAAUAACGCUAUAGGCAUCAAGGCGGUGGUUGGGGAUGAAAAGCAAAAUAGAACACUUCAACUCUACGCGAGAAAAGAAAUAGUUCUUUCAGCGGGUGCGAUCGGAACUCCGCAAAUUUUGAUGCUUUCUGGUAUAGGGCCGGCUUCUCAUUUAAACGAUCUGGGCAUUCCGGUGCGCGCUGAUUUACCCGUGGGCGAUAGCCUAACUGAUCACGUGUUUCCACAGAUCUACGCAUCGGUAAAUCCUGACACAUCAAUGUCUUCCCAAAGCGAAGCCAUGGAAAGGUGGUUGUAUAAUCGCACAGGGCCCCUCGCCUCCAUCGGGAUUACCGCCGUAACAGCAUUCCUCAACACACGCUGCUAUGACGUCAGCCAACGGAAACUCAUUUACAACAGCCCCGACUGCGAAAUACCUACCAUGCAAUUAGCCAAUUUGUACCUCGACGUUGGGUUGAUUCAAUCGAAUUUAGGCUUUAACAACAUCGCGCAACAGCUUAUUGCCGAAAACAAAAACAAGUCCUUAAUUUUACUUGGUCCUUUGGUGCUGCGGCCAUUUUCCCGCGGCAACAUUCGGCUCGCCAGCAGUGAUCCUUUACAAAAGCCAUCUAUUUUCCCAAAUUACUUAUCUGAUGAAAGGGACGUUGAUGAGAUGCUGUGCGGCAUAACGAUCGUGGAGCACUUGAUGCAAACACCAGAGUUUAAGGUGCAAAAUGCGUCUAUCGUCCACCUAAAGUUGCCUGACUGUCCCGAGUACGAGGAUGACCGUGAAGGGUACUGGCGCUGCUACUGCCGGCACUUAACAACCUCGUUGCUCCACGCAGUGGGUACUGCGCGGCUGGGCCCGGUGGUGGACCCACAACAGCGCGUGCAUGGCGUGAAGCGCCUACGAGUGGCAGACCUAAGCGUGCUGCCGGAGGUGCCGCGCGGCAACACUGCCGCCGUUGCCAUCGCAAUUGGAGAGCGCGUCGCUGACUUUAUCAUAAAAGACACCGAUAAAUACCUAUUUGAUUGAUAAACAAAA